GAAAGCAGCGGCGGCGGCGGUAGCAGCAGCAGGAGAAGGCGACGAAGAAGAAGAAGAAGAAGAAGAAUAAUGACGGGAAUGCUAAACGGAAAAUAGAAGCACGGAGAGCUGCUCGGUGAACGUUAAAUUCACGCCGUUACCUCAAAAUAUUACCAUUGAACACAGCCGCGUUACAUUCGCUAAAGUAUGACCGAGCCUCAGUCAGCGCUGUUACUCAGGAGACAGCUCGCAGAGCUGAACAAAAACCCAGUAGAGGGAUUCUCAGCAGGCCUAAUCGAGGAUAAUGAUCUUUACAGAUGGGAAGUCCUUAUCAUCGGGCCUCCAGACACACUGUAUGAAGGUGGUGUGUUUAAAGCUCAUCUGACAUUUCCCAAAGACUACCCUCUCAGGCCACCUAAAAUGAAAUUUAUCACAGAUAUUUGGCAUCCUAAUGUGGACAAGAACGGCGAUGUAUGUAUUUCUAUUUUGCACGAGCCCGGUGAGGACAAGUACGGCUAUGAGAAGCCAGAGGAGCGCUGGCUGCCUAUCCACACAGUGGAAACCAUCAUGAUUAGUGUUAUCUCUAUGCUGGCAGAUCCAAAUGGUGACUCACCAGCAAAUGUGGACGCUGCAAAAGAGUGGAGGGAGGACAGACAUGGCGCAUUCAAAAGGAAAGUUGCCCGUUGUGUACGAAAAAGCCAAGAGACUGCGUUUGAGUGAUAUUUAGCGAGGAUCUAGCUUCAUGUUUUCAGGGUCUCUAAUUGAAAAUCAACAUGGCACUGUUUCCUGCACUCUUCCACCCUGUCGUCAGGCUUGUCCUCCUUUUUUUUUUUUUUUUUGGCAGGAGCAGACUGGCUAUUGUAGGCUGCAAUAGAACAUAACAGUGACUACCAAGACUGACAGAAAACCGCCAAGCAAGUGCCAACUCAAAAAACAAACAAACAAACAAACAACAACCCACACCUUCCCCUUUCUCCAGAAGAUGACAAACCAUUUUUCAAGUCUAUGAACUGCUUCAACAUUCAGGAAGAUAUUGUAAAGACAUGUAUAUAGCGCAGACUAAACCGGAUAAUAUAUAAACUCCCUUUCCAUCCAUUUAGACCAAAUGAGUAGCCCUGGUUCAGAUAGAUUUAUUUUUCUUUCAUUUUCCCUUUCUCAUCUCCAGCAUGCAUUACUUCUCUUUAGAUUGUUUUAACAGAAGGUCUUAACUAGAACGAGAAACGUGACGCUGUUGGAGGAGAGAGUCACCUGUGAAGAGCUUGAUUAAUUCAAGACACCAAUGACGUGACUGAUGAAGGGUUUCCUCGAGGAAUACCGCCAUAUUAGUGUACACAGCUGCUUUGUGGGUCUUCUCAGAGCUGAACAUCAUGUGUGUACCUGAAUGAUUUUGAUUUGCUUUCUCAGUUACAAGUCUUACCAUCAUGCUCAGUUGACUUAAUAAAGGUAACCCCCCCCCCAAUCCCUGUGCAUGCUAAAUUUUGUUUAUCUUUUUUCAAAAGUGCCUCCUAAUAAAAUGCCUGGCCACUUCACCCUGCAUUGAACAAGUGUUAUAAAAUGUUGAAAAAAGAUGGAGAAAUUGUGUACCACACAUGUAUGAAUUUAUUUAAUAGCCAGUACACGGGGAAUCUGUAUAAUUAGGGUAUUGGUAACAAUUUGGUGUAGCAAUAACUCCCCUAGUAUGAAGUGUAUACAUGAUAAUUUUUGAUAUCCUGAUACAUUUUGAGGUCCUCUUCUCCAGUGUUCUGUUAUUUUAGCAGCCUCUCUUUUUCUUGUCCGUGUUGUCCUCAGUAGGAAUUGUUAUGCAUGCUUUAUUGUAUUUUGUUUGUUUGGAUUUUUUUUUUUUUUUUUUUGCUGAAUGUUUCUAGGAUUUUGUUUGCGAAUGUUUGAGUGUUUGUGUACACGGUAUGUGUGCCCCCCUUUUUUGUUUUUGUUUUGUCGCUCUCUCCCCCUGAUCCACAAUCUCAUGAUUAUUCUGCUCACUGAACUAUUGCAGUUUUGCCUAAUGUACAAAGACAAAAUACUGAUGUAUAUUUUUCAUGUUAUGAAACCUGUCACCUGUAGUGAGUUCUUCUAAAAUAUGACUUUUUUUUCAAUAUU